CGCUGCCUACGUGGGAGAGAAGGGAGGGUUGGGGGAAGUGUGGAAAACCUGAACCCAAGCCGCUGCUGCCUGAGGCAGGUUUGGUGGGAGGAGUAGAGGGAAAUAGACAGGUGGAGGGUGAGGUGAGGGGGGCAUCUGGGUCGCCGCUGCCGGGCGGCACAAAGUUCGCGAUGUGGCUGAAGCCUGAGGAAGUGCUCCUGAAAAAUGCGCUGAAGCUCUGGCUGAUGGAAAGGUCCAACGACUACUUCGUGCUGCAACGGCGUCGGGGCUACGGUGAGGAAGGCGGAGGGGGUCUCACAGGGCUUCUGGUUGGGACUCUUGAUUCAGUUUUAGACUCUACUGCUAAAGUUGCUCCAUUUCGCAUCCUACACCAGACACCAGAUUCUCAAGUUUACCUGUCAAUUGCAUGUGGAGCCAACAGAGAAGAAAUAACCAAACACUGGGAUUGGUUGGAACAAAAUAUUAUGAAGACCUUAUCUGUGUUUGAUUCAAAUGAAGAUAUUACUAAUUUUGUACAAGGAAAGAUAAGAGGAUUGAUUGCUGAGGAGGGUAAACAUUCUUUUGCAAAAGAAGAUGAUCCUGAGAAAUUUCGAGAAGCCCUUUUGAAAUUUGAAAAAUGUUUUGGUUUACCAGAGCAGGAGAAGUUAGUGACCUAUUACUCAUGCAGUUAUUGGAAAGGACGCAUUCCUUGUCAGGGUUGGCUCUAUCUUAGUACCAACUUUCUGAGCUUCUAUUCUUUCUUGUUGGGAUCAGAAAUAAAACUCAUUAUCUCCUGGGAUGCAGUCUCAAAACUUGAAAAGUCUUCAAAUGUUAUACUAACAGAGAGUAUUCAUGUGUGUUCCCAAGGGGAGAAUCACUACUUUUCAAUGUUUUUGCAUAUUAAUGAAACAUACCUUCUUAUGGAACAGCUGGCAAACUAUGCUAUAAAGAGACUUUUUGAUAAGGAAACAUUUGCUAAUGACCCAAUCCUUGAUGAUCCUCUACAAAUCACUAAGAGAGGUCUGGAAAAUCGAGCCCACAGUGAGCAGUUCAGUGCUUUUUUUAGGCUCCCCAAAGAAGAGACUUUGAAAGAAGUACAUGAAUGUUUCUUAUGGGUACCAUUCAGCCACUUUAAUACUCAUGGAAAAAUGUGCAUCUCAGAAAACUAUAUCUGCUUUGCUAGCCAGGAUGGCAAUCUAUGUUGUGUAAUCAUUCCAUUACGAGAGGUCUUAGCUAUAGAUAAGACAAGUGAUUCCAGCAAAUCUGUCAUCAUUAGCAUCAAAGGAAAAACAGCUUUUCGCUUCAGUGAAGUUAAAGACUUUGAGCAACUGGUGGCGAAAAUCAGACUCAGGUGUGGGGCAGCUUCAACUCAGUAUGACGAUAUUAGCACAGAGGUUCCUAUUAGUUCUGAUUCUACAGACCCAUGUGAUAAUACUGAGGUACAGUCUUUGACAUGUCAGAAAGAAUGCAGUAAAACUGUGAACACUGAAGCCUUAAUGACAGUAUUUCACCCUCAGAAUUUGGAGACUCUUAAUUCCAAAAUGUUGAAGGAAAAGAUGAAGGAACAGUCAUGGAACAUCCUAUUUGCAGAAUGUGGGCGUGGUGUUAGCAUGUUUCGGACCAAAAAGACUCGAGAUCUGGUUGUAAGAGGGAUUCCAGAGAGCUUAAGAGGAGAGCUCUGGAUGCUUUUUUCAGGUGCUGUUAAUGACAUGGCUGCUAAUCCUGGCUAUUAUGCUGAAGUGGUUGAGCAGUCCUUAGGGACCUGCAACUUGGCUACUGAAGAAAUUGAACGUGAUUUGCGUCGCUCCCUGCCUGAACACCCAGCCUUUCAGAGUGACACUGGCAUAUCUGCUCUGAGACGGGUACUCACUGCUUAUGCAUACAGAAAUCCCAAAAUUGGAUACUGCCAGGCAAUGAACAUCUUAACUUCAGUGCUGCUUCUGUAUGCAAAAGAGGAAGAAGCUUUUUGGCUUCUGGUUGCUGUGUGUGAACGAAUGUUGCCUGAUUAUUUUAACCGUCGAAUCAUUGGUGCCUUGGUGGAUCAGGCAGUCUUUGAAGAACUUAUCAGGGAUCACCUUCCCCAGCUUACAGAACACAUGACCGAUAUGACAUUCUUUUCCUCAGUUUCUCUCUCAUGGUUCCUCACACUUUUUAUUAGUGUGCUGCCUAUUGAAAGUGCGGUGAAUGUGGUAGACUGUUUCUUCUACGAUGGAAUAAAGGCCAUUUUACAGCUGGGAUUGGCAAUACUUGACUAUAAUUUGGACAAACUGCUCACAUGUAAAGAUGAUGCUGAAGCCGUGACAGCUUUAAACAGGUUUUUUGACAAUGUCACUAAUAAGGAUAGCCCAUUGCCCUCAAGUGUUCAGCAGGGUUCAAACGUGAGUGAUGAAAAAAGCAGUCAUAUUAGAGUGGAUAUUACAGAUUUGAUUAGAGAGUCAAACGAGAAAUAUGGUAAUAUUCGCUAUGAAGAUAUACACAGCAUGCGCUGUCGAAAUAGGUUAUAUGUCAUACAGACCCUAGAGGAAACAACAAAGCAGAAUGUGUUGCGUGUUGUAUCACAAGAUGUGAAAUUGAGCCUUCAUGAAUUGGAUGAACUUUACAUCAUCUUUAAGAAAGAGCUGUUUUUUUCUUAUUAUUGGUGCUUGAGUUGUCCAGUAUUGAAGUACCACGACCCCAGUCUGCCAUAUUUGGAACAGUAUCAGAUUGACUGCCAGCAGUUCAGAGUGUUACAUCACUUGUUGAGUCCCUGGGCUCAUUCUGCAAACAAAGACUCACUAGCCUUAUGGACAUUCAGAUUGUUGGAUGAAAACUCUGACUGCCUUAUAAACUUCAAAGAAUUCUCCUCUGCAAUUGAUAUAAUGUACAAUGGAAGUUUCACUGAGAAGCUUAAGCUGCUUUUUAAGCUUCAUAUUCCUCCAGCUUAUACUGAAGUGAAAUCUAAGGACCCAUCAAAAGGAGAUGAACUUUCCAAGGAAGAAUUACUUUAUUUCAGUCAGCUCCAUGUUUCCAAGCCUACAAAUGUGAAGGAAGCAGAAUUACUAAAAAACAGCCCUGAAAAAGGCAAAGGAAAAGUUGAUAUUCAAGCAUAUCUAAGUCAAUGGCAAGAUGAGCUUUCCAAAAAAGAAGAAAACAUUAAGGAUUUACCAAGAAUGAAUCAGUCACAAUUCAUUCAGUUUUCAAAGACCCUAUAUAAUUUAUUUCACGGGGACCCUGAAGAAGAGUCGUUAUAUCAAGCCAUUGCUGUUGUAACCAGCCUUUUGCUCAGGAUGGAAGAAGUUGGAAGGAAACUACAUAGCCCUACAGCAUCAGCCAAAGAAUUCUCUGGUACAGUCUGUGCUUCUGGAGGACCCAGUGAGGGGAAAACAGAGAGCCACUUGAAGAAAGCUCCCUCUUCUCUGAGCGAAGAACCUCAGUGGUCAUUUGCAUUUGAACAGAUUCUUGCGUCUUUGUUGAAUGAACCAGCAUUGGUGAGGUUUUUUGAGAAACCCAUAGAUGUAAAAGUGAAACUAGAAAAUGCAAAAACCUCUCAGUUAAGCUGUAGAACCAAGAUGUAACUCUCUUAACAGGAAUUGCCUAUUAUAGACAAGUUUACUAAGAUUCCUGUAGCUGUCAGCUUGAUUCUUGGGAAUAGAGAUCAGGGAUUUAUCUUGUUACCAACGUGUUUGAAGGUUAAAAAAAAA